UCAUGGCGGUGGCAUGGUGAAGCCUACAGAAAGGGAAAAAUACUCGCCCCUUUCGUCCUUUCCCAUCGAUUCAGGACAGAUUUUCAUUCAUAAAUAAGCCUGUCAAGCUCCGGCCUCAUACCUUGGAUUUAUCAGCACAGCGUUGCGGUGUCCCUCCGCCCGGCCAUGGCGGCUCACAAACCAGUGGAGUGGGUCCAGGCCGUGAUUACUAGAUUUGAUGAGCAGCUUCCCAUUAAAGUUGGACACCAGAACACCCACACAAAAGUCAGCACAGAGCACAACAAGGAAUGUCUGAUCAACAUCUCCAAGUACAAGUUCUCCCUCGUCAUCAGUGGCCUCACCACCAUCCUCAAAAAUGUCAACAACAUGCGGAUAUUUGGAGAAGCUUCUGAGAAGAACCUCUACCUCUCCCAGCUCAUCAUCCUGGACACCCUGGACAAGUGCCUGGCUGGGCAAUCCAAGGACUGCUUGCGUCUGGAUGAGACCAUGCUGGUCAAACAGCUGCUGCCAGAGAUCUGCCAUUUCAUCCAUACAUACCGUGAGGGCCACCAGCACGCAGCUGAGCUCCGGGCCUCAGCUUCAGCCGUCCUCUUCUCUCUGAGCUGCAACAACUUCAACGCCGUCUUCAGCCGCAUCUCCACCAGGCUACAGGAGCUAACAGUGUGCUCCGAGGACAACGUGGAUGUUCAUGACAUAGAGCUGAUGCAGUACAUCAAUGUGGACUGCUCCAAGCUGAAGAGGCUGCUACAAGAAACUGUGUUGAAGUUUAGAGCUCUGAAGAAGCCUGCCCAGCUGGCAGUCAUCAACAGUUUAGAGAAGGCGUUUUGGAACUGGGUGGAGAAUUACCCAGAUGAGUUCACCAUGCUUUACCAGCGGCCACAGGCAGACAUGGCAGAAGCUGCAGAGAAGUUGUUUGACCUGGUGGACAGCUUUGCAGAGAGCGCAAAGAGGAAGGCAGCUGUGUGGCCUCUGCAAAUCAUCCUCCUCAUCCUCUGUCCAGAGAUCACACACACCAUCUCUAAAGACACCGUGGAAGACAGCAAGGCCAAUAAGAAACUGUUUCUGGACAGUUUGCGGAAAGCUUUAGCAGGGCAGGGUGGCAGCAAGCAGCUGAUGGAGAGUGCUGCCAUCGCCUGUGUCAAACUGUGUAAAGCCUCCACCUACAUCAACUGGGAGGAUCACUCAACCAUUUUCCUCCUGGUCCAGUCCAUCGUCAUAGAUCUCAAGGCUCUGCUGUUCAACCCAACCAAACCCUUCUGGAGGGGGACGGGCAGCCAGAACGCUGACGUGGAGCUCAUGAUGGACUGCUUUGUCUCCUGUUUCCGCAUCAACCCUCACAACAACCAGCACUUUAAGGUCUGUUUGGCCUCCUCCUCUCCCUCCACCUUUCACUUUGUCCUGGUCAACUCGUUGCACAGAAUUAUCACCAAUUCUCAUCUGGACUGGUGGCCUAAGAUCGAUGCAGUUUACUGCUACUCCGCAGAACUCCGCUUUAUGUUCUCAGACACCCUCAGCCGGGUGAUCCAAGGCGCCGGCACCCACGCUCCACUACGCAUGACACCGAGUCUGACAUUCAAAGGGAUGACCACCAGCCUUAAGUUCAAAGAGAAAGCCACAGAACUGGACACUCGAAGUUACAAGUGCCUCCUUCUCGCUCUGGUCAAACUCAUCCACGCUGACCCCAGACUCAUGCUGCACAACCCAGUGAAACAAGCUCCAGAGAUGCAGAGCAGCACGGCAGAGCUCAUCACCGGCCUGGUGCAGCUAGUGCCUCUAACGAACACCACCCAGCUCUCACAAGAGGCCAUGGAGGCUCUGUUAGUUCUGCACCAGCCAGAGACCAUAGAGCUGUGGAAUCCUGAGGCCCCCAUAGAGACGUUUUGGGACAUCAGUUCACAGGUGCUCUUCCUUAUCUGCCGCAAACUGAUUGGCCAGCAAAUGGUUAAUGGGACAGAAGUUCUCAAAUGGCUGAGGGAGAUCCUCAUCUGCAGGAACAAGUUUCUGCUCAAGAACAAGGAGUGUGCCACUAUGGGUGGGGGUAUCCCCAUCUGCCGGCAGGCGCAGACGAAGCUGGAAGUGUGUCUCUACAUGUUCCUGUGGAGUCCAGACACUGAGGCGGUGCUGGUGGCCAUGUCGUGUUUCCGCCACCUCUGUGAGGAGGCUGACAUCCGCAGCGCUGCUGACGAGGUGCCCGUCCAGAACAUCCUGCCCAACUACCCCACCUUUAGUGAACUGGCCUCCGUCAGCAACAUGAUGGGAACAGGCCGGUCCACCUUGCAGAAGAGGGUGAUGGCCUUGCUAAGGAGGGUGGAGCACCCAACACCAGGAAACAUUGAGGCCUGGGAGGACACGUAUGCUAAAUGGGACCAGGUCACCAAACAGAUUCUCAACUCUCCUAAAAACAAGGCAGAUGAUGGGCAGCAGGAGUGGAUCAACAUGACGGGCUUCCUGUGUGCACUGGGUGGUGUGUGUCUCCAGCAGCGCAGCACCCCUGGCCCAGCCACCUACAGCCCACCUAUGGGCCCUAUGAGCGAGCGCAAACACUCCAUGAUCUCCAUGGGCCCCUGCGAUGUGUCCAACCCUGUGGUCUCGGUCUCCUCCUGCUCCUCAUCGGCCUCCAGCGAGACGCCCGUCGGCCGCUUCCUGGACCGGCUGCUGGCUCUGCUGGUGUGUGGCCACGACAGGGUCGGCCUCCACGUUCGCACAAACGUGAAAGACCUGCUGGGGCUGGAGCUCAGCCCUGCCCUCUACCCCAUGCUCUUCAACAAGCUGAGGAACAGCAUCGGCAAGUUCUUUGACACACAGGGACCGGUUCCCAUCAAUGACACUAACACCCAGUUUGUGGAGCAGACCAUAGCCAUCAUGAAGAACCUGUUAGAUAACCACACAGAGGGCAGCUCUGAACACCUGGGGCAGGCCAGCAUCGAGACCAUGAUGCUCAACCUGGUCAGGUAUGUGCGCAUCCUGGGCAACGUGGUCCAUGCCAUCCAGAUCAAAACCAAGCUGUGCCAGCUGGUGGAGGUGAUGAUGGAGAGACGAGACGACCUGUCGUUCUGCCAGGAGAUGAAGUUCAGGAACAAGAUGGUGGAGUAUCUGACUGACUGGGUGAUGGGAACAUCCAACCAAGCUGCUGAUGAUGACAUCAAGUGUCUGACAAGGGACCUGGACCAGGCCAGUAUGGAGGCAGUCGUGUCUCUGUUAGCUGGUCUCCCUCUUCAGCCAGAAGAGGGAGACGGAGUAGAACUGAUGGAGGCCAAAUCUCAGCUCUUCCUCAAGUACUUCACCCUGUUCAUGAACCUGCUGAAUGACUGCAGUGAGGUGGAGGAUGAGGGUCAGGCAGUGGGGGGCCGAAAGAGAGGAAUGUCCCGCCGCCUGGCCUCUCUGCGCCACUGCACAGUCCUGGCCAUGUCCAACCUGCUCAACGCUAACGUAGACAGCGGCCUCAUGCACUCUAUCGGUCUGGGCUACCACAAGGACCUGCAGACUCGAGCCACUUUCAUGGAAGUGCUGACCAAGAUCCUGCAGCAGGGAACGGAGUUCGACACGCUGGCGGAGACGGUUCUGGCUGAUCGCUUUGAGAGGCUGGUGGAGCUGGUCACCAUGAUGGGAGACCAGGGAGAGCUGCCCAUCGCCAUGGCACUGGCUAAUGUGGUUCCUGGGUCCCAGUGGGAUGAGCUAGCUCGAGUCCUGGUGACGCUGUUUGACUCCCGCCACCUCCUCUACCAGCUGCUGUGGAACAUGUUCUCUAAAGAGGUGGAGCUGGCCGACUCCAUGCAGACGCUCUUCAGAGGAAACAGCCUGGCCAGCAAAAUAAUGACCUUCUGUUUCAAGGUAUAUGGGGCAGCAUACCUGCAGAAGCUCCUGGAGCCUUUAUUAAGAGGGGUCAUCACCACCCCUGAACACAUCAGCUUUGAGGUGGACCCCACCAGGCUGGAACAAGGUGAGAACCUGGAGGAGAACCAGAGGAACCUGCUGCAGAUCACUGAGCGCUUCUUCCAGGCCAUCAUCGGUUCGUCCAACGAGUUCCCCCCACAGCUCCGCAGUGUCUGCCAUUGUCUCUACCAGGCUACUUGCCACUCUCUACUGAAUAAAGCAACAGUAAAAGAAAAAAAGGAAAACAAAAAAGCAGUGGUGAGUCAGCGUUUCCCACAGAACAGCAUUGGUGCGGUGGGCAGUGCCAUGUUUCUGCGCUUUGUCAACCCAGCUAUUGUUUCUCCCUAUGAGGCUGGCAUCUUGGAGAAGAAACCCCUACCCAGGAUAGAACGGGGUCUCAAACUCAUGUCCAAGAUUCUGCAGAGCAUUGCAAACCAUGUCUUGUUUACAAAAGAGGAACACAUGAGGCCUUUUAAUGACUUUGUUAAGAGCAACUUUGAUUCAGCCAGAAGGUUUUUCUUGGACAUAGCAUCUGACUCUCCGCCCAGCGACUCGGUCAACCACAGUCUGUCCUUCAUCAGUGAUGGUAACGUGCUGGCCCUCCACCGCCUGCUGUGGAAUAACCAGGAGAGGAUCGGCCAGUACCUCUCCAGUAACAGAGACCACAAGGCCGUAGGCCGGCGACCUUUUGACAAGAUGGCCACGCUGCUGGCCUACCUGGGACCUCCUGAACACAAACCUGUGGCUGACACUCACUGGUCCAGUGUCAACCUGACCAGCUCCAAGUUUGAGGAGUUCAUGACCAGGCACCAGGUCCAUGAGAAGGAGGAGUUCAAAGCCUUAAAGACCCUCAACAUCUUCUACCAGGCAGGAACCUCCAAGGCUGGCAACCCAGUGUUCUACUACGUGGCCCGCAGGUUUAAAACAGGCCAGAUCAACGGGGACCUGCUCAUCUACCAUGUCCUCCUCACUCUCAAACCCUACUACGCUAAGCCCUACGAGAUAGUAGUAGAUUUAACACACGUAGGCCCCAGCAAUCGCUUCAAGACCGACUUCCUGUCCAAGUGGUUUGUGGUCUUUCCUGGCUUUGCCUAUGAGAACGUAGCAGCUGUCUAUGUCUACAACUGCAACACCUGGGUAAGGGAGUACACCAAGUACCAUGAGCGUCUACUGACGGGCCUAAAAGGCAGCAAGCGGCUCCAGUUCAUUGACUCUCCAGCUAAACUGGCCGAGCACAUCGAACCAGACCAACAGAAGCUACCUGCAGCCACGCUGACCCUGGAGGAAGACCUUAAAGUGUUCCAUAAUGCCCUCAAGCUGGCCCAUAAAGACACCAAGGUCUCAAUAAAGGUGGGCUCGACUGCAGUUCAGGUGACGUCGGCCGAGCGGACCCGUGUCCUCGGCCAGCCUGUCUUCCUCAACGACGUCUACUACGCCUCAGAGAUCGAGGAGAUUUGCCUGGUGGACGAGAGCCAGUUCACCCUCACCAUGGCCAACCAGGGCACACCGCUCACAUUCAUGCACCAGGAGUGUGACGCCAUCGUCCAGUCCAUCAUCCAUAUCAGGACACGUUGGGAGCUGUCGCAGCCGGAUUCCAUCCCACAGCACACCAAGAUUCGACCAAAAGAUGUUCCCGGCACGCUGCUCAACAUUGCCCUGCUGAACCUGGGCAGUUCUGACCCCAGCCUCAGGUCUGCGGCUUACAAUCUAUUGUGUGCUUUGACCUGCACCUUCAACCUAAAGAUAGAGGGCCAGCUGCUGGAGACGUCAGGCCUCUGCAUCCCAGCCAACAACACACUCUUCAUAGUCUCCAUCAGCAAGACUCUGGCUGCCAAUGAGCCCCAUCUGACACUGGAGUUCCUGGAGGAGUGCAUCUCAGGCUUCAGCAAGUCCAGUAUUGAGCUGAAGCAUCUCUGCCUGGAGUACAUGACACCCUGGCUGCUCAACCUGGUUCGCUUCUGUAAGCACAAUGACGACGCCAAGCGGCAGCGCGUCACCGCCAUUUUGGACAAACUCAUCACCAUGACGAUCAAUGAGAAGCAGAUGUAUCCCUCUAUCCAAGCCAAGAUCUGGGGCAGCCUGGGCCAGAUAACGGACCUACUGGACGUGGUGUUGGACAGCUUUAUUAAGACCAGUGCCACAGGAGGCCUGGGCUCCAUCAAAGCAGAGGUCAUGGCUGAUACUGCAGUGGCUCUCGCUUCAGGGAAUGUCAAACUGGUCUCCAGCAAGGUUAUUGGUCGGAUGUGUAAGAUUAUAGAUAAGACGUGCCUGUCCCCAACGCCCACACUGGAACAGCACCUGAUGUGGGACGACAUCGCCAUCUUGGCACGCUACAUGCUCAUGCUGUCCUUCAACAAUUCCCUGGAUGUGGCCGCCCACCUGCCCUACCUGUUCCACGUGGUGACCCUGUUGGUAGCCACCGGGCCGCUCUCUCUUAGGGCCUCCACCCACGGUUUAGUUAUCAACAUCAUCCACUCCCUCUGCACCUGCUCGCAGCUCAACUUCAGUGAGGAGACGAAGCAGGUUCUGAGGCUGAGCCUGACGGAGUUCUCCCUGCCCAAGUUUUAUCUACUGUUCGGCAUCAGCAAAGUCAAGUCAGCCGCCGUCAUCGCUUUCCGCUCCAGCUACAGAGACCGCUCCUUCUCCCCAGGCUCCUACGAGAGGGAGACGUUUGCCCUGUCCUCCCUGGAGACUGUCACUGAGGCCUUACUGGAGAUCAUGGAGGCUUGUAUGAGGGAUAUCCCCGCCUGCAAGUGGUUAGACCAGUGGACAGAGCUGGCACAGAAGUUCGCAUUCCAGUACAACCCAUCUCUCCAGCCCAGAGCGCUGGUGGUGUUUGGCUGCAUCAGUAAGAGGGUGAGCCACGGCCAGAUCAAGCAGAUCAUCCGAAUCCUCAGCAAGGCCAGCCCUCUGCUCAGCAUAGACCGGGGUCUGGAGAGCUGUCUGAAGGGGCCGGACAAUUACAACAGCCAAGUAUUAAUAGAGGCCACAGUCAUUGCUCUGACCAAGCUGCAGCCUCUACUCAGCAAGGAGUCUCCCAUGCACAAAGCUCUGUUCUGGGUGGCAGUAGCUGUGCUGCAGCUGGAUGAAGUCAACCUGUACUCUGCUGGAACCGCCCUGAUGGAGCAGAACCUCCACACUCUGGACACAAUGCGCAUCUUCAACGACAAGAGUCCAGAAGAGGUGUUCAUGGAGAUCAGGCGUCCUUUAGAAUGGCACUGUAAGCAGAUGGAUCACUUUGUGGGCCUCAACUUUAGUGCCAACUUCAACUUUGCUCUGGUGGGGCACCUACUCAAAGGCUACAGGCACCCAUCACCCACCACAGUAGCGAGGACCGUGAGAAUCCUGCACACACUGUUGGCUCUCAUCAGUAAGCAUCUGAAAUGUGACAAGUUUGAGGUCAACACCCAGAGUGUGGCCUAUCUGGCUGCACUGCUCACUGUCUCUGAAGAGGUCCGAAGUCGCUGCAGCCUCAAACACAGGAAGUCACUCCUGAUUUCUGACCUCUCCAUGGACCCAGUACCCAUGGAAACAUACUCCAGUCACAUCACUGAUCCCAGCUGCAGAACUCUGCGAGAGACUCAGCCGUGGACGUCACCUCAGGUUUCAGAGCGCUACCUUUCAGCCCAUCACUACCCCACAGUAGGCCAGAUCAGCCCACGAACUCGCAAGUCCAUGAGCCUGGACAUGGGUCAGCCCUCACAGGCCAACACCAAGAAGCUCUUGGGCACCAGGAAGAGCUUCGAUCAUCUCAUAUCGGACUCCAAAGCACCAAAGAGACAAGAGAUGGAGUCGGGUAUGACCACCCCUCCCAAGAUGAGGCGUGUAGCAGAGAACGACUACGAGAUCGAGACGCAAAGAAUUGGAAACUCUCACCUUCGCAAGGUGUCUGUAUCAGAGUCCAACGUUCUGCUGGAUGAAGAGGUGCUGACCGACCCAAAGAUCCAGGCUCUGCUGCUCACUGUGCUGGCAACCCAGGUGAAAUACACCACCGAUGACUUCGACCAGCGCAUUCUGUACGAGUACUUGGCUGAAGCUAGCGUUGUCUUCCCAAAGGUUUUCCCAGUCGUCCACAACCUGCUGGACUCCAAGAUCAACACUGUGCUAUCCAUGUGCCAGGACACCAACCUCCUGAAUCCUGUCCACGGCAUCGUCCAGAGUGUGGUAUACCACGAAGAGUCGCCCCCCCAGUACCAGCCCUCCUAUUUACAAAGCUUCGGCUUUAAUGGACUUUGGAGGUUUGCCGGACCCUUCUCCAAGCAAACACAGAUACCGGACUAUGCCGAGCUGAUCGUCAAGUUUCUAGAGGCGUUGAUUGACAGCUACCUGCCAGCAGCUGAUGAGGAGCGAGGGGAGGAGCAGCUGAGGACGCCUACCUCCCCCUACCCCCCCACCAGCCAGAGCCAGCUCAGCAUCACUGCCAACCUCAACCUGUCCAACUCCAUGACCUCACUGGCCACCUCACAGCACUCACCAGGUGUGGAUAAGGAGAACGUCCAGCUGUCCCCCAGCUCUGCUCUCUCCAGCGGGGGUCGCACUCGCCACGGAUCAGCCAGUCAGGUCCAGAAGCAGCGCAGCGCCGGCAGCUUCAAGAGACCCAGCAUCAAGAAGAUCGUCUGAUCAGCCAGAGAACACCCCCACCCUCCUCCACCUCUCCGCCCCUCCCCCUGCCUGCCAGGCCUCAUGCUGCACUCCACUUUUUACUCUUUUUAUUUCCUCCUCCUUCUUCAUGGUUGUUGCUCUGGCAGGAGACCAAGUGCAUUUCAGUUCUGCGUCGAGGAGGAAUAUUAACAAGGGCAAACUUGAAUUUUGUGCUGCUUGAGAUUCUUUUCAAAUGCUUAAUUUGAGAUGGCGCGUGGUGGAGGAGGAGCUCUUCUUUUGAAUGAUUUCUGUUCUCUGGAGUCGAUGUUUAAGCUCUUCUUCGCAGAUGUUCAGCAGCAGUUUGAGUCUCCUGCAGCGCCCGAGGUCACACGUGUCAAACUAUUGGGGGAAAGAAUCCCUCCGAGCCUGAUGGGAAGACUCUCCGGACACCAAGGUUCAGUUUGGACAUGGACUGUGACACUUCCCCGACAGUUUACACCGGGAGGAACUAGAAAGUGAAGUUCUGUCUUUACGCUGAAGUUUGAUCCGUCACACGUCCCCUGGCCUUCCUCAUGACUAAACACUCCUGUGUCAGUGAGAGGGACCAAAUGACCGCAGCAGUGGGGGGUGCUGGAUGUGUGGACCUUCACUCUGGACCUACUCGGACAUCUCGGCUCACCUCUCCCAGUCCUGUACAUAUUUUACAUAGACAGAUUAUGUAUAACUAGUCCUUAGUGCUAAUUUAGAUGUUGAUGUUUUCUCCAUGGUGUGCCUUUGUCAGGGUUUUUCAAUGUGUACAAUUUGUAAAGUAAAAGUCAAACCUUGCUGGGGACAAAGAACAGGUACUAAUUAUGGAGGCGAGCCGUCCAUAUCACCACGAGUUCACACGAGCUGCAUCAAUGACGGGCCUCUAAUGAUCGUCAAAUAUACAAUCAUCCAUAUACCCUGUUGCCUGAAAGUAUUUAUCCUGUACAGCUAGAUAGUGCUACACAAAUCUUCUUUUCAAACACUUUCAAUGUAUGAACAGGAAGAUUGCAAAACACUAGGGGAAAUGUAACCGUGUAAAUAGCUCCGAGCUUUUCUUUGUUUAGUUCUGUGCGUGGCCCUUUUUAUUUACCUGUUUAAUGUCACUUAUUUUUAGUAUGAACUGUAUUUUCAGCAGCAUAGUAUUUUAAUUUGUUUACACAGUGACAAGGAAAAUUGUGUAAUAGGCAAUAAUCCUCAACUCUCAAACUCCUUUGUCAACCACACAUUUUAUUUGUACAGCGAUGCAAUAUGAUGCCAACUCCUGAGUUGCCUGUUAACAUGGACAUUUAGCUCUUAUUGAUUACCUCCAAUGACCAUUUGAAUAGAAAAGACAGUGUGACGUUUGAUCCCAACACACACACACACACACACACACACACACACACACACCUCAGCUGGACACCAUCAGAGGUUUGUCCUGUGGGCUCUUUAAAGGAAAGAUCCUCCCUGAGAGUCUCGGACACAGUUUGUUUCGUAUCAUUUGAAAUGUCAGAGUAAAACACAUUGUUCUAUAAAAAUGUAUUAUUAUUUAACAUCCAAAGCCAAUUGGACCCCUUCUUGCUCAAUGCUGAGUGGUGUUGCUCUGGAAAACUACUCCAUCCAGUCACUAAUAAACUUUCACACUUAAGCCAAACUUCUCAAAAGCAUUACUGUUUGUUCUCUGAGCGGUCGGGCUUAAAUACACUUAAAUAACAUUUCUGAUCAGGAAAUACAUGAUCAAAGAAGUUAGCAAGACUCAGAACAUGUGGUGCCACCUGUCCGUAGAGAUCUGUCCCUCUAUCCGCUCUAUUGUUCGCUGUGUUCGCUGUGUUCUCUUCCUCCAGCACAACUCGGUGUCUGGUUGAGGGAUUUCCAGCAUUUCUACAAUGUGGUGAAAUAGUGUGAACGAUUGAACAGAUCUGGUCCCUCAAACCCUGACACUGGGUCCAGAGCUCCACCUUGCACCAUCACACAGGACGCACUGAUCCAGCUGACCCAGAUUCAUGAGAGUCCUCAAGUGUGCGCUGCUGGAUCUUUCCUUUAAAGAGCUUUAGUAAUAAUAGUUCAGGUUGUUGAUGCAGAGUGUGAUUUGAACCCUCUGUACCCUCAGAGUACAUGUGGGAGCAGCAGAUCCUCUGCACUAAUGCCUGCUCUGCACCACAGAGAACGCUCCCAAAAUGUUUUGUUUCAACUCAUUUACUACCAAAUCCCAUCAACUGCUAUACAUUACUGCUGACUGUUUUCCAAAGAAUGCUGUAGUGUUUUAGAUGGUUGAGUGUGAGUCUAACCUUCCAGGCAACUGUUGGUUACCAUUUCCAUAAUGUUUCCCAAAAACAACUUUCAGAGAGUUGAAAGUUGCUCGACGUAGCGAAUCCAUCACAGCGUGUGUUGAUACAAUCGGCUCAAGAACCCAACACUGUCUCUUAGCCCUUCAAAGAAGUCAGUGUCUGUGUUUGUCAGCAAAAGAGUGAGACCAAAUGUCAAACAUGUUUAGGAUGAUUUACAAACCGUGUCUCCAUCACACCAGAGAGCAACAAUGUUGCGCUCACACUACAUAUGCUAAUCUGUUCAAACAUCUCCAUCGGUAUUAGUCUGAUGAACCCGGUGUAUCUGAAAGGGGUUAAACAAAAGCGGUCAUGAUGGUCACUGAAUGGGAACCAGUGACUGUCUGAGGGAGAACAGCACCUGCCAUCUCACACCAGGGUUACUGUGGAAAUGCUCCCUUGGUUUGUAGUAAAUGUGUUUAAACAUACAGAUGCUCUGUCCUGAGCCUGUCACUAGCUGUGGCACAUGUUGCAGGUGUAGAAGGUGACUGCUCCACUCACAGCCUCCGUCCACAGCGCAGCAGGGUUCAUCUAUCCUGCCUUAACAUCUAUGCAUGGCAAGAGUAUUGUUGUACAACUCUGACUUUAUUUCUGUCUGAGCAGCGUCUCCACACGGCUGCUCAGUCUGACAUUGUUUCUUACCGUUCUCAGUGUUCAUGUUACCUGAUGGAUACGUUUGUCAAUCAGUUCACUGCUGAUUUGUUUUCUUGUAUUGUCGUCUGAGAGGAUGUGUUUUCUUCUGUCCAUGCAGCUCAUCCAGUAAACACAUGAUCCUUAGAUAAAGUCCAUGCACAUUAGAAACGCUAUUUUGUAAUUGAACCUCAAAGAAUGACACAAAGGGAAGACUGAAGCACUGAUUAAGAACUGAAUUCAUUAGAGCAGUUUCCAGUUUAGCAGAUGAAACUUCUCUUGUAGCCCAUCACUGACAUGUCUUCACAGACACAUUGGCUCGUAUGCAGAAGCUCUGCGUUGGUGUGCUUCAAACAAACAAGUGUGAACUCCUCGGCAGGAAAAAGUUCCUGUUGUGAACGUUUAAACUGACACAGGCAAUGAAACAUACACAUGAGGAUAACGGGGACACUUGCCAACAGUCUGCUUGGAAGCGUUCAGAAGAGAGAAUUCCAACCCCUCCUCUCACCCCCAUGACCCGGCCGAUCGCUGGAUUGUCUGUUAGACAGUUUGAAGCAUUGUGAUGCUGAUGUGACUGAACAAAAAAUGAAAUGUGUCAAAAUUCUAUUUAAUGUCAGGUUUCCUAAACGAUCUGGACCACACUGACCGGCCGAUGUACUGAAGCGUCGUGUAAAUAAACCCUAGUCCAGAGCCGAGCAUGGAGUUUAUCACCUUUUAAGUUGUUUAAGUCACAUUUUCUGACGCGGGAUGUUUGGAGCAGUGAUGUGUUGGCACAGAGCGGCUGUGAAAGUCCACGUUGGGUCCGGAUGAGGAUCUAAAAUCGGGGCUGCUGAAGCUGUAAAGAUACAUGUUUGUUCAGAUUUCAGUGUCGAGUUCCACAGAAGCGUCUCAUCGUAUAACUCAAUCCAUCGUCUACUCGCCACUUUUCACCGUCUAACUGUUCUUAAAGCUACACUCCCUGAUUUUCUUCUGAAACUAGUCCACAAACCUUGAAUUACAGAAUCAGUGACUGUACCUUUAACAAGACACAACCAGGAAAAAUCUGAAGGCAAGGUUUAUUUGAGCACCGUGUUAGCAGAUUGCCAUCGUUUCCAGGUUUUAGUUUGACUUGUGUGUGAAUGGAAAUAUUAAGGAUUAUGUAUCCAUAACCUCUUAAACAAGUGGUUGACUUGCACUAAUUAAAAAACAGUCAUGGGUUUGUAAAGAUGAAAAACCUCAAAAUGUGGCAUGUUUUAUUUGAUGUUAUGCAAAAUCUAAUGUCUGUAGAGUAAUAGUCUGAGUUUUGUUUUAUUGCAGUAUGUGUGAUAAUUGUAAAUACUUUGUGUACAAUUUGAGAUGGUAUAUUUACUACACUGUACAUACAUGUGAUAUUGUAUCAUUUUGUUUUUGUAAAGCAGUUAGUUUCUGUAUAAUAAUAUACAAAUUGAACUAUUCCAGUGUUAGUAAUAAAAUGUUUUGCUCUCCA